AUGGCUUCAAAGAGAGACUACAUAGUUAUACGGGUAACAGCACAGAGCAAGUAUGACAGUUUCUAUAAUGAACAGACAAAAGGAAAAAGGACACAAUCAGAUUACCAAGCUUUAGGUAUGGCUCCAACGGAAGAAGAGUAUAUUAGUGAUUCAAUGAAAGCAAAGCUAUUGGCAUUCAAAGCUAAUAGGUCAAAGAUAAGAUAUGCUAAUACUUACAGACUGGAGUCACAUAAUAAAUUUCAGGAUUAUUUAGUAAGAGAGAAAGCUCAAGCGAUACUAACGAAUAAACUUCAACAAGCCAAAUACGAUGGAGUUUCUAGUCCCUCCUUGUGUGCUUCAGUCUCAGAAGAAAUAUUAAAGGCUGUGAAGGAAUUGGACUUUGACCGUUAUAAGUACGUGGUAUCAGUACUAAUUGUGGAAAAGGCAGGUCAGGCAAUAAAUGUUGCCAGCAGAUGGGUCUGGGAUGUUCAGAGAGACACUUGGGUUUCAGCUAAAUGUGAAACUGAAACAUUUAUUGCACUGGCUUUGGUAAUGGCUUGUUAUUAUGAGUAA